UGUUUUUAAUGAUUUAUAAUCCCAAUCUAAAUGUUUAUAAUGAUUUAUAAUCCCACUCUCAAUGUUAAUUGUGAUUUAUAAUCCCACUUUUAGUGUUUAUAAUUGUCAGGGAGCACCCUGCUACGUCUCCCGUGCACGCCCCGCCCACUAGGAGCUCCUCACCAGCAUACUAACCACACACACCUGACACUCAUCUACACACUCAUUUCACUGCCUAUACAAACACUCACGUCACUCACUCUCCCUGUCCUUUAUUAUCGGUAUUGCUUCCGGAGUUACGCCGAGUGGAUUACUCAUUUACCCAUUAGGCUCUCCUCCCCUGAUCCGGAACCAAUGCAGCUGGGUUCGCAGAGGUUGUCCCGUAGGGAGAGGAAUGGCCGUCUGGCAGCUGGAAGAUGCCUGUAUUGUGGGAGACCAGGCCACUCUCUCUCGAGAUGCCCUACUAGUCCUUCAUGUCCUGAGUCGACUCCGGCUCAGCAGGGAACUUCAUCUCCCAGGCCUGCCUCGACUGCGUACUGCUCCCCAGAGAGAGGAGCCCCCAGGACCUAGCGGUCCAAACCAUCCAGGGGUGUCCACUGAGCCAGGGUUGGGUGAAGCACUGUGCACCGAUCAUCACGCUGCAGGUGACCCCGCAGUGCCUGCCCAGCCGGAGGUCAUAGACCAGCCCGGGGUUUAUGCUGUUUGGGACAUCUUGGACUCCUGUCGGCACCGGGGUCGCCUCGAAUACCUGGUGGACUGGGAGGGGUACGGCCCGGAGGAGCGUGCCUGGGUGGCCUGUCAGGUCGUGAUGGACCCUGCGCUGCUGGCAGACUUCCACACUGUGCAUCCUGGCCGCCCGGCACCCUAUGCCAGGGGCAGGCUUUGUCGCAGCUUUGGGGCGUCGGGUGCCACCCCUGGGGGAGGGGGUGGUGUCAGGGAGCACCCUGCUAUGUCUCCCGUGCGCGCCCUGCCCACUAGGAGCUCCUCACCAGCAUACUAACCACACACACCUGACACUCAUCUACACACUCAUUUCACUGCCUAUACAAACACUCACGUCACUCACUCUCCCUGUCCUUUAUUAUUGGUAUUGCUUCCGGAGUUACGCCGAGUGGAUUAUUCACUGAUUCCAGCCCCGUGCCGCACUUCUCCUAAACGCGCACGUUUCCUUUCUUCCACGGACUGCCUCUCGUCAGCUCAGGACAUUGUGGGCUGCGCCCUCAGAGCACACCACCGGAUUAUUCCUGCAUUUUCUGCAGAUAUUUGUGUUGGCUUAGCCUAGUUUGUUUAUUAUUAAACUUUGUUUGCUGCUUCUUCGGCUUCUGCCUCCAUUUCCGCAUAACAAUAAUGAUUUAUAAUCCCA